GAUUUUACAGUUUACAGUGUCAAAGCGGCUGCUGGAGUCGUCAAGGAUGGGGACUCAGACUGGGCCGACUGGCCCCGUGAACCAACGUCAGAGAUUGAUCCCAAUUCCCAAAUGGCCAAAUACUCUCGUCACCAAAACAAGAAAAAAAGUCAAACUCAAAUUUUGAUAGUAGUGCUUGCCUGUCAAUCGAUGGAAAGUAACGAAGAUGCAAACUUGCAGACUGCAGUUGGAGAGUUCCGUGAAACCCUAGACCUCUCUCAAUGUCCCUCCUCUCCUCCAUCUUCUUCUUUCUGGCUCUAGCUCUGGGGUUUUCGGGUCUCGACUCUUCUCUCGUUUUGGGCGGUCGUGUCCCAGAAAGAAGUCUCGCCGACGCUUCAUGCCCCUUGAACUUCGAUGUUCUCCGGAAUCUCGUCCAACGCUCCAAGCGACCUCCGCUUCUCGAUACAUCCACUCAAUGUCGAUACAUACUCCAAGGGAUUCAUCUGGUUCAAUCCGUCUAUCUCCAGACUACUGGGCUCUUCCUCCCUCCCUUGAAUGCUUCUGCACCUUGUUGGGAUGCCUUCCAGUCCUUGGUUAAUGAUUUCAUUCCUAAUUUCGACAUCCGAUCCGCUUGCGGCUUCCAGACCAGCUGGCUUUCUGAGGGUUGUAUGAACAUCACGUCUCGCUCCCAAUUCGAAGCCCUUGUUCCCAAUUCCACUUUGCAGGACCUCCAGCGCUGGUGCAAUCAGCCGCUCGAGAACAGCGCUCCCUGUGCUUCCUGCACGACGAGCUUAUCAAGGCUCCAGGCUUCUUACCUACCUGGGCCUGAAGUUGGGAAUGUCUCUGACUGUACCGCCUACCCCUUCAUCUAUGUUGCUGCCAUCGUUAACCAGCUUGGACCCACCAACCGAGGUACCGCUAUUUGCUUGUUCUCCAUUGAUUUCUCUGCGGCGGCGGCUUCAAGCAGCAGCAAGAGACGCAAGAGUCUGAUUUGUGGGGUUGUGAUCGGCGGCGGAGUUGGCUUGCUGGGGGCAAUAUUAGGGUUCUAUCUCCUUUGGAGAAGGCGCAAGAGGCGGAGGAGGGAAAAGAAGCGGAAGCUGCUUAGAGCUCAGACGAGUUCCUUCUCGGGGUUGGAGUCGAUGAGUGGGAGCACGACCCUGAUUAAGUUUACAUUUGAGGAAAUCAAAAAGGCUACCCGGAAUUUCUCUAGGGAUAAUAUAAUCGGUAAAGGAGGCUACGGGAAUGUCUACAAGGGUAUUCUGCCGGAUGGGACGGAGGUCGCAGUGAAGAGAUUUAAGAACUGCUCUGCUGCUGGGGAUGCAAAUUUCUCUCAUGAGGUGGAGGUGAUUGCGAGUGUUAGGCAUGUCAACCUUGUUGCUUUGAGAGGUUACUGCACCGCCACCACCACCUUGGAGGGCCACCAGAGGAUAAUUGUGUGCGACCUGAUGUGCAAUGGAAGCCUCCACGACCAUCUGUUCGGAUCAGUGGAAAAGAAGCUCAGUUGGCCUAUCCGUCAGAAGAUUGCUCUUGGCACGGCAAGGGGGUUGGCUUACUUGCACUACGGGGCACAGCCGGCCAUCAUCCACCGGGAUAUCAAGGCUAGUAAUAUACUUCUGGACGAGAGGUUUGAGCCCAAAGUGGCUGAUUUUGGCCUGGCAAAGUUUGCACCGGACGGCAUGACUCACCUGAGCACCAGGGUGGCUGGAACUCUGGGUUAUGUCGCCCCUGAGUAUGCUCUCUAUGGGCAGUUAACAGAGAGAAGUGAUGUUUACAGUUUUGGGGUUGUGCUUCUUGAGCUUUUGAGUGGGAAGAAGGCUCUUGUUUCUACUGCUGACCGGCAGACAUCCCUUGUGACGGAUUGGGCUUGGUCGUUGGUCAGGAAAGGGAGAGCACUGGAUGUUAUUGAAGAAGGUAUGCCUGAGAUGGGCUCACCGGAAAUCAUAGAGAAGUAUGUACUGCUAGCUGUUCUGUGUUCUCAUCCCCAGUUAUAUGCCAGGCCAACGAUGGAUCAGAUUGUGAAGAUACUGGAAACUGACCUGCCGGUUCCCUCCAUCCCAGAACGCCCCAUUUCUCUUGUAGCUGAAAUUGACGACAUUGAGAGAUCCAUGAGCAGUAGUGGCUCAGGUCCCUUGUCUACUCCUGUUGGCUAUCAACCGUAUACCUUCGAGAGGGAUCAUUGACGUUCUGAUGUUGAAGUAGAAGAAAGCCCCACCACUGUGGUCUGUGGAAAUUGCCAUGUGAAAUGGAUGGUCUGAUGCCAAGUGAUCGAUUCAAGUCCCAAGAGUGUCUUUUCCACCUUUGGUAUGCCAAAAUCAUUUCAUUUGUUGCUUUAUAUUGGCUGGUUCCUGAAAUUGGGGACCUGUUUAGUGAUUACUUUUGUAAAGAUAAAAAGCUCUGAUUCUUUUGAAUUAUAAGCAAACAGGGGAAUGUAUAUUAUUUAUGUACAUCUUUAUACUGCAAGGUCCUCUUUUCUAUUAUCCAAUCUGUAUGUGGGAUUUUGCAGCUUGGUUGCA